GCGUGAAAUUCCCUCCUCAUUCAGUGUCAGCAAUCACAUCACUAUGUCUUCCGGAAAGACCGUCACCCUCAACACUGGCUACAAGAUCCCUCAAUUGGGCUAUGGCACAUGGCAAGCCGCACCUGGUGAGGUAGGCAAUGGUGUCUAUGAGGCACUCAAGAUCGGAUACAGGCAUCUCGUAAGUAACCACUUCUACGAAAACCAGAAAGAAGUUGCUCAAGGCAUCAAGCGCGCGUACAAGGACAUCCCCGGGCUGAAGCGGGAGGACAUAUUUAUUACUUCCAAACUCUGGAACACCCAGCACGAUCCUGCCAAUGUCGAAGCUGCGCUUGAUGACACGCUCGCCGAGCUUGAGCUUGACUGGCUUGACCUUUAUCUUGUUCACUGGCCCGUCAACUUUGGGCCCGGCAAGGACCCGCACUCGGACUUGUUCCCUGCCGCGUCCGAGCCUGAUGAGGUCAACAUCGACAACUCGAUUCCCAACAGCGAGACAUGGGAAGCCGUGAACAAGCUGCCAAAAAGCAAGGUCCGAUCCGUCGGCGUGUCGAACUUCACCUACCAGACCUUGAAAGCUUUGGUUGAGAAGACCGGCCUCGUGCCCGCGGUCAAUCAGAUCGAGCGCCACCCCAUUCUACCCAGCAAGGAGCUCAUCCAGUAUGCCAAAGAAAAGAACAUCCACAUCACCGCCUAUUCCGCAUUCGGCAACAACUUCUUCAACAUCCCUCUGCUCAUCACGCGUCCCGAAGUCAAGGCCAUCGCGGAAAAGAAGGGAGCCACUCCAGCGCAGGUGAUCUUGGCUUGGAGCCAGGUCGGUGGUCACUCUGUCAUUCCUAAGUCGGUGACGCCGUCCAGGAUUGCGGAGAACUUCAAGGAGAUUGAGCUUUUGGAGGAAGAUAUCGCUGCUAUUCAGAAGUUCUCUGAUGAGCAUCAGGGUCGCAGGCGGUAUAAUGUUCCAUUCACUGCGAACAAGCCACGAUGGAGCAUCAAUAUCUUCGAUGAGCCCGAGGAGCAAGAGGCACCCAACAAGAUCAUCAUAUAAAUGGUAGUCUAGCUCAUGCACCGGUACAGGAAGCUGCCACACUCGAAUGUACCGAGUCUUUCCAAU